CCGACAACAACACAUCAUGAGCGCCAAACGCUACGCUUUUCUUCCUAUGGAAGAAGCGGGAGAGGACACGGGGGAGUCCUCGAAGCAGCCUUCGAAAAAGAGGAAGACCGAAGAUGCUGCUGCACGGAACAAGGCGGCGCUACCCGAUAUUCGAGAACGAUCGCGACAAGAAUAUCUCAAGAAAAGAGAGGCCGAACGACUUGCUCUCCUGCGAAAGCAAGUUGCAGAGGAAACGGCUGAAUUGAGGAGCGGCGUGCGGCUGUCGGAGAAGGAGAAGGCGGAGUUUGCCAAGAACAGAGAGAUCCUGCGCCUGGCCGAGGAACGACUCAAUAUUGACGACCAUCGAGAUGGAUACUACAUGCCCGAAGACUACAUCACCGAGAAGGGAAGGCUAGAUCGCAAGAAGAAAGAAGAGGCACUCUACAAGCGACAUGUUGAAAAAGACCAGUUCGGGCGGGAGAAAUUCGUUACGGAGCAUGAAGAAUGGGAACGGGAACAAGCGACGAAGGCAAAAGCCCAAAUCCAGCGCGCCGAAUUGGAGAACGACGAUUACGAUUAUGUUAUGGAUGAUUCGCAAUAUAUCCAGUGGAAUCUAGAUGCGCGAAUGCCUGGCGACGGUCGAAAAUUGACCAAAGAACAACAAUUCCUCGAGGCGCAGAUCGACGCAGCUGAGAAGAAGGCCCUAUCAAUUCAAGAGACACGAAAGAGUUUGCCCAUUUACCAAUAUCGAGAUGAAUUCCUCGCUGCGCUGGAGCAGUAUCAGGUUCUCGUUAUUGUGGGAGAGACUGGUAGUGGAAAGACGACUCAGCUACCCCAAUAUCUUCACGAGGCGGGUUAUACCAAGAACGGCAUGAAGGUGGGAUGUACACAACCUCGACGAGUGGCCGCUAUGAGUGUAGCAGCUCGUGUGGCUGACGAAGUAGGCGUCAAAGUCGGUAAUGAGGUCGGAUAUACGAUUCGGUUUGAAGACUGCACCAGCGACAAGACCAUCCUCAAGUAUAUGACUGAUGGAAUGUUAUUACGAGAAUUUAUGACAGACCCAGAGCUCUCAGGCUAUUCAGCGCUGAUGAUCGACGAAGCCCACGAACGCACAGUGCAUACCGAUAUCCUCUUGUCGUUAAUCAAGGAUCUAUCGAGAUCGCGACCUGAUUUGAAGCUGCUGAUUUCGUCAGCUACCAUGAACGCCGAGAGGUUCGCACAGUAUUUCGACGAUGCACCCAUCUUCAAUAUUCCUGGUCGACGAUAUCCAGUUGAUAUUUACUACACACCUGCUCCCGAAGCGAAUUACCUGGCUGCGGCCAUCACGACAACAUUCCAGAUUCAUACAACCCAACCCAAGGGUGAUAUUCUAAUCUUCUUGACCGGUCAAGACGAGAUUGAAGCCGCUGAGCUUGAAAUUGCUCAAACAGCGAAAAAGCUCGGCAAUCGCAUCAAAGAACUUGUCAUCUGCCCAAUUUAUGCAAACCUUCCCUCAGAAUUACAAUCUAAGAUCUUCGAACCUACACCAGACGGGGCUCGAAAGGUAGUGCUGGCUACCAACAUUGCUGAAACUAGUUUGACCAUUGAUGGCAUUGUCUAUGUUAUUGAUCCAGGCUAUGUGAAGGAAAACGUUUACAACCCCGCCACCGGCAUGUCGAACCUGGUUGUUGUUCCUUGCUCGAGAGCUUCCGCAAACCAGCGAAGUGGUCGAGCAGGUCGUGUUGGCCCAGGAAAGUGUUUCCGUCUAUACACCAAAUUCGCAUACAUGAAUGAAAUGGACGAAUCCACUACACCAGAAAUCCAGCGAACAAACCUGAACGGUGUUGUGCUUCAACUGAAGUCCCUAGGUAUUAAUGAACUACUCGAUUUCGAAUUCAUGGAUCCCCCGCCAACAGAAGCCCUUAUUGGCGCGCUGAAUCAGUUAUUUGCUUUGCAAGCGUUGAACCAUCGCGGAGAGUUGACCAAGGUUGGCCGACAAAUGGCAGAAUUUCCUACAGAUCCCAUGCUGGCCAAGGCGGUGUUAGCUGCGGACAAGGAGGGUUGCGUCGAGGAGGUUCUGUCUAUUGUUUCGAUGCUUGGUGAAGCUUCUGCGCUUUUCUUCCGACCCAAGGACAAGAAGAUUCACGCAGACAGCGCCCGAAACCGAUUCACAAUCAAGGACGGUGGUGACCACAUAACACUCCUCAACAUCUGGAACCAAUGGGUUGACAGCGACUUCUCCCCCAUCUGGGCGAAAGAGAAUUUCCUUCAGCAACGCUCUCUCACAAGGGCACGCGACGUCCGCGACCAACUGGCCAAGCUGUGCGAGCGAGUCGAAGUCGCGCCCUCUACGUCCGGUGCCUCCAACCUUCGCCCCAUUAAACGAGCCAUCACAGCUGGCUUCUUCCCCAAUGCUGCACGGCUACAGAAGAGCGGCGAUGGUUACAGGACAGUCAAAAACAACACGUCUGUGUGGAUCCAUCCUAGCAGCGUCUUGAUGGCCGUUGACCCCCCGGAGAAGAUGGUGGUGUACUUUGAGCUUGUGCAGACGACCAAGGAAUAUAUGCGCAGUGUGAUGCCGAUCGAGCCAAGGUGGCUAACUGAAUUAGCACCACAUUUUCACAAAAAGGCGGAUAUUGAGGCGAUGGAGGAGAAGAAAAUGCCAAAACAAAGGCAACGAUAAUGUAGUUAUUGCGGGCACGGAGUACAUAUUCUCAUUACGGCGGUACAUUCUAGUCAUGUAAUUUAUAACAUUUACGAAAACUUAGGAUUUUCAUCCCGAGUAAUAAACAUAAUU